CCCCAGUGCUUUUCCCCUGCCGCCGCCACACAGAGAAGAGCCAAGAACCGAGGAGAGAAGGGGGAAGAAGGAGGGGAGAAAUAGAGGAAGGAGGAGGAGAUCAGUUGCGCCGUCACGCCAGGAGGAGGCCAAGAAGGAGGAUGCCGUGCCGCUGGAGCCGAGGACGCCGCCGCCGCUGAAGCUUCACCGCGCCGGCGCCUGUACGUCGUCACCAACGAACCCGCGCGGCACUGCACGGCCACGCCAUCGCCUGCACUGACCCGUCAUGGCGCCAAGUCCCUCUUCCCCAGACCCGCUGGUGAGCCUGCCGUACGCCGCUCCCUUGUUUCCUGUUGCCGCCGUAGUCCGCCUCCAAGCCAUCGCCGUCCCGCCGGUCGUCGCAGCUCCGGGACACCGGACCCCUGCACGAGCCGCGCGGCCACGCCGCGGCCUCGGGGAGCCGAGUUUAAAAUUUGUCAGGAAAAGCCACGCUUCUGCUUUGACAGAGGGUGCAGUGGAUUCUGAUGCAUCAUCAGUUGAUGAAUCCCCAGCGGGAGAUGGGUCGAUGCUGAAGAAUCUCAUUUCACAAGAGGACUCUGGUGCUUCUUCUAAAGCUUCUCGGUCGUUUUCCCUGCUGUCACCAUUCCGCAGCAAGCACAAGGUGAUUGUACUGUGAACAUGGAUCAGCAGCAGUUGGUAGGAAUAUCACAGUACAGUACAUACUUUGGGGACGAGUUUGGAACAGCAUCGUUUUUCUUUCUAGUAUAUACAUGUAUGUAUACGUAAUUACGUACAUACUAAUAUACUAUACGGUGGCCUCGUCUGUAAACAGCCUAUGUGAAGCGUAUGUAUGAUGGUUGGUUUGCAUUGCAUUUGUACAUUCCUGCUGUUUUGUACCCAAACUAUUAGUGGUGUCGAGUAUGAUUGUGAAAGGAAUAUAAUACAGCCUGUCAGCAGAGUUAUUAGUUCUUAAAACCCAAGAUUUGCAAGUAUUCUUAAACAUUUUUUUUAAUUCUCAGCUAGGUCCAUAAACUCUGAAGUGAGCACCUAGUUUAUAAUUCUGGCUUUGUUCCACAGUUGUUCCAUACAUGGUAUCAUUCUAGCUUUGUUGUAAAUAAUUGACCAUGUUUGUAAAGAAUACCAAUAUUUAUGUAUUAUUCUAGUGUCCGUAUUA